AUGGGUUCUGAGGGAAAUCAACAUAGCAGCAUACCAAGGCUUCCUUUGUUCUCUACUCCAUCAGCAAUGCAGAUGAAGUCGUCGUCUCCCGAGAGAUCGGGGACGGUGACUCCACCGCUGCAAACCUCAGGUUCAGUACCGUUUCGAUGGGAGCAAGAACCUGGAAAACCAAAGAUAUGUAAUGCACUUGUCACCUACGUCAAUCCAACUGACAAGAGUUUGGAGCUUCCUCCAAGGUUGUUAGCGUUACCUUCACCCACCUUCUUGCAGCAGGGUCCUUAUGUAACCAGCAACAGGUUCCAGUCACCGUCUUUUAGAAUAGAAAACAACACCAAUUGCUAUGGUUCUUCUGGUACUAAGAAUAUUCUUCUCAAAGGAGACAGUGGUUGGUUUGGUUCAUGGAGAAAAAAUGUCAAAAGAGAUCAGGUCACUGGGGGUAGUCAUGUCUUUCCAUCUUCUUCUACUGGCAUUGCAGAGACUCCUGUCACUCACAACAACAAGAUGAUGAAACGUUCUGGGAGUUCUUCCAGCUUCUCUCAUCAUGGAAAGGCUCGUGUCUGGACAAGCAUUCGUGAGGGGAUGAAGCAGGUGGUUACACUUCAAUGGAGGGAAAAAAAGCAGAAGAAGAAGAAGAAGAAAGAUGGAAGUAGCCUUAAGCAUUGA